AAGUUGGGUUUCAUAGUAAGUUCAUCUUUCUAAACAGCCUCAUUGGUAUAUACCAAAUUUUUGCGGAUGAUGUCAUCUCUUAGUAUUAGUCUUCUUUAUACAACUUUUAGGGGGAAAUUUGAUCGGAAAGUAUUUUUUAAUAUUGCGUAGUGUAAUAAUUACUGGUUAAUUUUGGUGUGAUUUAAAAGAUUUUCACAUUGUUUACAUAUAAAGAAGAAUUUUCGCUUCGUUAUAGACUGAACUGAUGAUUUUGAAUAUGUGUCUAAAUUAGAUGUUUAUAAAAUUCAGACUAUGGUUUUGUGGAGCAAUGCAAAUCUAUCUUGAUAAUCUUGAUGAAACCUCAACUUUCGGAAGAUUUAGGAACGUUGCUCUAAUGGUCACUGAUCCUACAUAUAAUUUGGUAACGUUAUAGCCGCAUCAGUAACAAGGCUGGAAAUGAAGUCAUGACUGUACUUGGAUUGAAUCGCGGCUUGGAAGAAAAGUUUGAUUUGUUUUGCUCUGCUGCAACUUUCGAGAGCAUAUUGGCAUAUUUCUAUGAACUAUGUGACGGUUUAGUCUCAAAACCUACGAAGCAAUCGUGGAAUAUUUUCCAUGAGUUGAGUGUAAACCUCAAAUCUUACUGGAAGGCUGCUGCGUUGUUUUCAAAGCUAGAAAAGCGUGUCAGAAUGGAACAGUAUCAUCACCAGACAGUUUGUCGAGAUAUGAAUGUUCUUGUUAUUGGUUGUGGACCUUGUGGUAUGAGAUGUGCAAUUGAAUUAGCUCUUCUUGGAGCUAGAGUUAUUAUUAUUGAAAAAAGGCAUACAUUUUCAAGAAAUAAUGUACUUCAUUUAUGGCCUUAUCUAAUCGAAGAUUUAAAAGCGUUGGGUGCAAAGACAUUUUUUGGGAAAUUCUGUGCUGGUUCAAUUGAUCAUAUCAGUAUCCGAACGCUUCAAUGUAUUCUAUUAAAAGUUGCUUUGCUAUUUGGUGUACAAGUAUUUCCUGGCACUACUUAUACAUCUUUAAUUGAACCAAGUUUCAGUAAAGACUCGAUUUCUCCACAGGAUUCAAAGUUCAAUUUAUCUGGUUCUAUUCGAAAUACCUCGUUAAGUUGUGCUGAUGAUAGAAAUAAUAAUCACAAUGCUAACAAUACUCCCAUAACCACUACUACUAUUGCGGAUGAUAAUAAUAAUGCUAUCUGUUCUGUGAAUAUUUCCAAUGGUAAUCAUCAUUUCGAGGACAACUUUAUGCAAGAACAUUCAAAUGGAAAUAAAGAAAACAAAGAAUAUUGGCAUGAAAAAGUUAAACACUACGGUUGGCGGGUUAAAUUGAAACCAGAAGUACAAGUGUUAAAAAAUUUUCAUUUUGAUGUUUUAAUUGGUGCAGACGGUAAACGCAGUUGUCUUGGUUUCCCGUGUAAAGAAUUACGAUGUCGAUUAGCCAUUGCGAUUACAGCCAAUUUCACUAACUAUCAUACUCCAGCUGAAGCUCAAGUUGAAGAGAUAAGCGGUGUAGCUCGUAUAUUCAAUCAAUCAUUUUUCAGUCGUCUUGCCUCUGAAACUGGAAUAGACUUAGAGAAUAUUGUCUAUUACAAGGAUGAGACACAUUAUUUUGUUAUGACAGCUAAAAAGCAUAGUCUACUGGCUAAAGGCGUACUAAAACAAGAUCGAGAUGAUUCAGUCAGCUUAUUAUGUAAAGAUAAUGUGGAUAAAUUAGCUUUGCAGGCUUAUGCAAGAGAAACAGCUUCUUAUGUUACAAAUGGUUCACUGACACGCUUAGAUUUCGCUUUAAAUUCACGCGGUGAACCAGAUGUGGAUGCAUUCGAUUUUACAAAAAUGUUCGCUGCUGAAUAUUCAUGUAACAUACUUGAAAAGAAUCAUUGUCUUUUAUUACAAUGUCUUAUCGGUGAUGGAUUAUAUGAACCAUUUUGGCCUACUGGUAGUGGUUGUGCAUUAGGCUUUAUGUCUGCGCUUGACGCUGCUUGGUCCGUCUCUCUUCUUGCAUCUGGUUUACAUCCAUUACAAGUCAUCGCACAGCGUGAAUCAGUUUAUCAACAUUUAAGUCAGACAACGGCACAGAAUAUGCCACCAAACUUUCAAGACUACACGUUGGAUCCAAUGACAAGAUAUCAGCGUUGUGAUUUAAAUCUUAUAAGUCCAAAGCAAGUACACCAUUUAUAUAAAACUGACCGAGAUAUCAGUGAUGAUAUUCGACUGCUUAAAAAUGGUAUUGAUUAUUCCGUAUUGAAUGAACGUCAUCCAACUGGAAUGUUUAAGUAUUGGAUGAGACCAGAACAUUAUGAACAGAGAAAUUUUUAUACUAAUCCUGUUGAUAGUUGUUUAAUCCGUUGGUUUCAAAUUCGAUUAAGUUCAUAUCUGCGCUCUGGUCUAAUUGAUCCAAUCAAUGAUUUGAAUGCAUCUAAUUGGAAAUGUGGACGUAAUCUUCUUUGCCUUAUACACCGUUAUCAUCCUGAACUGUUACCAAAUCUGAUAGACACAUUGGAAAUUGAUGAUAGAGAUGGAAGUAGAACUAGACUUUCCGAUGAUCAGACAAAUAGUUCACGCUUAACACUUGCCUGUAAUUUGAUGGCUGAUCAUUUUUCAAUAUAUUUUGGUGCUAAAAUCGAUUCACAUCGUAUUGCUCCGAUUCAACACUGUCAUCCUGUUGGAUAUGACCAGAAGAAAUCGAUUAUUUGUCCUAAAACCAAUUCCGACUGGAUGAUAUAUUUGUAUAGUGUUUAUCGUGUAUUUAACCAAUUAAAAUUGCCUAUAUCAAAUUCCACUACCUCAGGUCGUUCUUUGAUUAAGUCGUCUAGUGCUGUCGAUGGUUAUAGAAGUCGUCAACCGAAUCGUUCUUCAUCUGAUCGUGUCAAUUUACGUAAUAAAACAAGUGGAUCUGAUAGUAAGCAUAAACAUGAUCAAGCAACUGUAUCUCUUUUCACUAAUGCAUCACGUUCACAAUCACAAAGAGAGAAUUUGAAUGGGAUUGUUGAACGGGGAUUAAUAGGAAAGAGAAGAGAAGAAUUAGUCGCUAUGCUGAGUGGUCAUUCUUCUUCUACUAAACAUCGUCCAUCAUCCUUAGGAAUGAAAUUUGCAGUUCCAGAUAAAGAGCUUAGGCUGUUAACUAAGAGGACUGAACAGUGUCAAUCGGUGCUACAAAAACAAUUCCAACAGCAACAACAACGCCGUCCAAUACGAAUAGAACAUGCAACAAAGUACUCACCUUCUCCUGUUCGAAUACCUGAAAAUGUGGCUCGUCUAUUUGCUCCACGUAAGGGUAGUUCAUACUGUUAUAUCUGCCAAAAACGCUUGUACCAGUUGGAACGUGUAAAAUUGUCCGGUUAUUAUAUUCAUAAGGAUUGUUUACGAUGUUCUACUUGUGAUAUUCCUUUGACCAAAGAUUCGGCUAAAUGUGUCAGUUCAAGGAAAACAAAUGAAAAAGCUUCAUUUUACUGUCCAUUGCAUAUACCACUGGAAAAUGGGUUGAGUGAGUCGAAUUUAAAUGUUGUAGGAUCACGAAAUCACAAAUCCGAAGCUUCUUUAGAAGCAAGGCUACAAGCUGGUUUAUUUCCGUUUGGACCUUCAUCAGUUAAAGAUUCAAAUUUCAAAGGAAGUAUUCCAGUAAAACUGAAUGGACUCAGUACAACAACUAGAAGUGUUAACACUGAUAAUGUUACUGCUACUAAUCAAUCGCAUGCAUUGUGUUGUCUUCAAAAGAAUUUACAAUCUCAGCAUAAAUCAGCCAUUCUAGCUGGUUUAGAUGAUGAAUCCGAUCAAGUAAUGGGUGUUGUUAGUAUAGCGAAAUCUCAUAAAAUUCUACACAAUAAAUCAUCAAUGAGUAAUCAUGAUCACAAUGUCAAUCGUUCUCGUAUAAAAAGGAAAAAGAUGACUAAAGCGUCUGAUGGUAAUAAUAUUGGUCCUGCUGGUGAUUAUUUCACAGGCAACAGGACAUCGUCAGACAAAUUUAUUGGUAUUCGUGAUGAACCUGCACCUGGACCAGACUGUUUUCUUACUGGGCAUUUAGGUCUGCCGGAAGUGGUGCGUAGAGCUAAUAUUGAGUUGAAUACAUCUACUAUUUGGCCUGAGUCUACUGUCAGUCGUGUAGUUGAUCAUAUGAGAAGUAAUCGUAUGAAUCUUCUUGCCACAGAUGAAUAUUUUGCAUCUAGCGAGUCAGAAUCCCCAUGUUCUUCCCCAUACGAAAAUAAGACUUACUCGGCCGAAUUACGCAUGCGUCAUUCCAAUCCAAAAAUUAUUCGUGAAGAUACAGAUGUUUGGGUAAUGAACUCAAAUGAAUCGUCCACAUCCUCAGCUGCCUUAUCACCAGCAAGUCAGAAAAAGUUUAAAUUAAUUGUGCAUUCAGAUCCACAAAAGCCAAUAGAAGCAAGUAUGAGUGAUCCCUCUCUAUGUACUACAAAUAUAAAUAAUACUCCGGCUACAAUACCUCCACCGUUUUCCUCUCCAGCCCAUCAGUCGCGUCUUGCUGCAAAGCAGCGUUUCUGUUUGGAGCCUCCGAAACCCUUAACUAUUGAUCCAUUACGCUUCAUCGGUUCAAGAAACCAGGAACGUACAGUUAUAUGCGUGAUGGAUGAUUGUUGUGAAUUUGUAGAACCCAUCAAUAGUCCCACCAUUUCCAUCGCAAACAUAUGGCCAAUAGACAAUGAAGAAAUUAAGUUUGUAGAUUUACCAUCCAAGGUUUUACACAAUGAAAUCCCUCUAACCCAAUCUCCUCACUUACACAACAGAACUACUCCAGAUUACGAAAAUACGACUUACGAAAGUGACUCAUGUGAAUGGCUGAGUGGUGACACUUGUAAAUACAAAUGUAUCAGAGCAGUACCAUUAGCUACUCCUGAAGAUAUAAGGGAAAUGGAGCCUUUAACUAUUUUAAUUGAACGGGAUUCGCCUAAAGUUCGUAAAUCAAAAUCCAUCAAUCGCUCUUCAUCGCUGAAUUACAAAGUGCGAAGUGGUUGUCAAGUGCUGUCUAUAACCAGAAAGAAGAAGUCAAAAAGUAGCGUCCAUCUUAAUGGCUGGAAUUCCGAUGUAUCUAUUUUCAGUCCACCUCCCGUUCGAUAUAAAUCGACGAGCUCAGUUUUAGCCCAAUCUGAUGAAUGUCUAAGCUGGACUAAGGUAAAGCAAGUUACAGUUAAGGAAGAGUUUGAAUCCACACAUAUUUCAGAUUCACCUUCACUAUCAAGAUCACAUGAAAAACGACAGCAACGGUUGUAUAGUCAUUUAGACAGCACAAGUGAACGUGGACGUUCGACAGAGCCCAAAAUACUGUAUAAAAGUUCCAGUACGUACGGCUCGUGUGAAAAUGAUAAUUCAGAAACAUCUAGUACAAGUAGUGCAGAUUUAGCUUCACAAGCUGUAAUUUUACCGAAACAAAACAGUAUUCACCUAGUAAACGAGAAAUGUUAUGACAUAGAUAUUGUACGUACUGGGAACAGUCGUCCCUAUACCACUUCGAACAAACCUCAGAGACCUACAAAUUCUAUUCGACAUCAUCCAAACAGAGAUUGCAGAUCCUUAGACAGAAUGGAUUCAAGUCCUCUAAAAAUUGUAUAUCAAACACAAGCUGGAAGUUCGUCAUGCCGUCCUGUUAAUUCUUCCCCAGGUGAAAAUUCUGUUGUACAUAUGAAACGUUUCCCAAGCCGAACAAGAGUACGUCGACGUAUUUCGACAUCGAAGAAUGGUACAGUCACCCCGGACUCUGAAGGUGUAUAUGUGUUUCGUGUAGGAAGGAUCCCAAGUGUAAACAAUGAAUUCAGUUCGACACCUACAGUAAAUCAAGCACCUGUAGUAUCAAAUAUCUUCAAAAAGCACAUUAGCGAGAAGAAAUUCAUUUUGGGCGGAGAUACCAACAGCCGUGAGAGAAUUUCAAUUUGAUUUGACUUCAGGCUGUCAACAUUUUGGAUUUCGCAAUAACGCCUUCAAAAUGUGUCUCAACGCCUUUUGAACGAUGAUCGCUUACUCGGUCCGACAGAUAUCUGAUUACGAUUAUUUCCUAGGACCUUCGUUCUUCUUUUGGCUCAAUGUAAUAAUUAAUUAGGUACUUUCUAAUAUCAAAUUUCCAACAUGUUCACUGUUCUUUGAUUCCGCAUCAUCUAACUAACCUCUAUAAAAUGUUUUGUUCAUGCAUAUAAUAUAUGGUGUUUUUCCAGUGAAGAAUAAUCAACGAUAAAAAUUUACUGGUCCAC